UCUGCGCCAGGCAAUCUAGGCUGCCGCGCCGCCAACCCAGGCGAGAUGUAUCUCCGCAGGGUGGUCUCAAAGACCUUGGCGCUGCCGUUGAGGGCUCCCCCCAACCCGGCGCCGCUCGGGAAGGACGCAUCUCUUCGCUGGAUGUCAUCUAACAAAUUCCCUGGAACAUCUGGAUCCAAUAUGAUUUAUUAUCUGGUUGUAGGUGUCACAGUCAGUGCUGGUGGCUAUUAUACUUACAAGACAGUCACGUCAAAGCAAGCCAAACACACAGAACAUAUAACAAAUUUGAAUGAAAAAACAAAAGCAGAGUUACAUCCACCUCAAGGUGAAAAAGAGAAUGUGGCAGAAGCUGAGAAAGCGAGUUCAGAAGCUCUGGAAGUUUCUGUUGUGCAAGCUGAGGUGGUAGGUGCUGAAGACAUUGCAGAGGCUGCAGUUGGGGACGUAGAAGAGUCCACGGGUCCCAGUGGUGUGGAGGCCACUAAGGAGGAGGUGACGUCUGUGGGUGCUGAAACGGAGCCCAAGGUUACAAGUGCACAGAUGAGUGACACCACAGAGGACGGUUCUGAAAUGACCCCAGAGGCUACGAAUGUAGCAGCAGGUGAAGGCAUUUCCACCUGUAACAAUCAAGGUAUUCCAGAGAAUGACUGCUCCCAGGAAUGUGCUGAGCCGGAAGGAACUUCUCCAGCUGAUUCCCAGUCCUCUGCUGGGCAUUUGCAGGAAGAAGCUGAUGCUGGUUCCCAGGCUGCCUCAGGCUAAUCUCCUGCCAGUAGCCGGUUCUGCAAAAAACAAAAAACGUAAUAGUGUGUCUAAUAGCUGCCUUUGUAUUUUUAGUAAUUUUGGUUUUGAAAAGACAUCUUCCUAAAACACUUUGAUGAUCCCUGAAGAUUUUUGGUAUCUUCUGGUAGAGUUUUGAGAGAUUUCCAAUUUUACAUUUCUUAAUUAUUUUCUACUCUCUAAAAUUAGAUCAUGACAUUGCAGUAAAGAGUUUAUAGUUUUA